AUGCAACCCGAAAACCCCAACCCCGAUCCACAACUUCAAAAAGAAAUUAAUUCAGAUUCAAAUGAAGACUCUCCUAACGUUGCACCUUGUUCAACGUCCAUUAGUGCCUCUUCUACAAUUUCGACCGCAGCGUCAUCAACAUUAGCUCACAUGGACGAGUCCAAUGGUACUGGCGACAAUGCGGAAAACCAAGACAUUGGAAAUAUUGUUGAAAAUCAAGAGGAAAGAGAAGCUGAGAAACAACUCGAUAAAUGGAUUUCACCUAACAGCCCCCAAGAAGAUUCUGAAGACGAUGACACAAAUUCUGAGGAAGUAUUAAUGACAGGAGUUGCACCUUCCCAUGAACAAAAAAUAAUUGAAGUAAAAGAGCCUUUGUCACCUACAUUAAAACGAAAACAACGUAUGGAUGAAAUUUUACAGCAUGAAGAUGGAGAAAGUGAACUUGAAGACGAACAAAUGACUGACAUUGACCAAGAACCGGAUCAAGAAUCAGCUUCAGCACCAGUACCUGAAGGGUUAUGUGUUGAAUGUCGGGAUCAGGAAGCCUCGUUCUUUUGCGAACAAUGCAAUGAAGAUUUUUGUGAAGUAUGUUUCUCCAUGAUUCAUCGUACCGGAAGUCGACGGAUCCAUACAUGCAAAACUCUGAAAAAAAAUGUGAAAAUGAAUGGAACCGUUGCUGCUGCGACAAACACUUCUAAUGGUGACAUGGACAUAGAGGAAUCAACUCCCGAAGAGGAUGAGCAGAUAGAUGGACCCAAAUCUACUAAUAUCAUUUCAAGUGGGAGUACGAGUUUUGGGGAUUGGAUUGAAGAGCGUGCAAGAUACAUUCCACUUCAAGCUGCUCUUAACGUUUCAGAAUACACGGAUAAGAUUGAUAUCAUAACAUAUUCAAGUAAAGCGCGUCGUAUAGUACAUCAGAUCAAGGAUUUAUGUUCCAUCUUAUCUGGAUUGGUGGUUGCAAGUGAUUACAAAAGGGGUCAAGAACUCAUCGUUAAUAAGUCUUUUGAAGAGAAUGAAGAAUUUUUCCAAAAAAUAUUUGAAAUAGGAAGAAGGCAUAAAAUUAUGAAUCCGGAAAAAAUGAGGGAUGCAUAUGGCAAAUUAAUGUAUAUGUUAAUGGAUUCUGUCAUUCCUGAAGUUAAAGACAUGCUUGAUUUUAGCUUAAUAAUUCCAAUAAAGACAGUCUACAAUUUCCUCGAAGAGCGUGAUGGACUUAAUGUACUACAUCACGAUUUAAUAAUGGAUGCAACCAAGGAAAUUAUAGCAGGAGGAAAGUCACGAUCGCAAAUCAAUCAAGAAAUUCGAGCGAAAGAGAGGGCUAUUGAAGUUAUAAGUCGCAAAUACAAAAAUAAUAAAUUGGCACAGGAGGAAAUUAGACAAUGUUUAUACAGCAUUGGAGAUAAUCAUGCGUAUUUGAGAGCAAAUCGUGAUUGCUGUGACCGUAUGUUGCAAUUUUUGCAAACGAACUUUAGCCCCAAUAAAAUUGAACAAGGAUAUUCUCUUGCUAUUAUCUCAGGACGUAAUGGCGCACGUUUAUCUCACAGUCACGAAACGCAAUAUUGUUAUGCUAAUCAAACGCUACAACUUUGGCGCGAAAUUCAGCAUGAAAUGUUUAAGUUGUGGUCACUUGCUGAUAAAGACUUAUUAUCGGAAGAUAAUCAAUAUAGACUGAGAGAUACUGGGCAAGGCUUGAACAGAGUACAAAUGUGUCCAGCGGUCUCAAAAGUCAUGCAUUCUAUUUUACAUCGUGCCCAACAAAAAGCUGGAUAUUGGGUUGGGAAUAAUAUAGCACCUGUAAUCGCGAAAAAUAGUGGAUUACGUAAUUAUAUUGAAAAGAGUUUUGGAAACGUCGAGGAGUUAAAGAAAAGUAUAUUUACAGAUUUCUUCCGGUAUGCUUUUGAUGGAAGUGGAGCCGAUAAUUUUUUUGACGCUGGUAGCUGUAUUGAUGGACGAUUAACAAGUGCAUGGAAUUGGUGCUCACUAAUAGAAAAAAAGGCUUAUUUCCCAGUGUUUUUGUUAACAGGAUUUGUUGGAUUUGAUGGUGAUGGAUUUUAA